GUUUUGAUGGCUAUGUCUUUGUUGUGUAAUCAGAUCGCAUAGUUACUGCUGCGACAUAUUGCCAGGAUGUCAGAGGACAUGAAGAGUCUGAACUCGGAUGAGGAGGGUGAUGACAUGUCAGAACACAUGGAUGAUACGGACGAUGAGUCGUUCAUUGGAUAUUAUGAUGAGACUGAUGACCUUGAUCUUGAUAAGCCAAAAAAAACUGAUGACCCAGAAUAUUUUGAAUACGAAUUGCUGCAGAUUGAAGGAGUCGACAGGUUACUUAAUGAGGAGAUAGAAGCAUUGUGCACAGCACUAAGGGUUGCACCAUCAUUGGCUAAGAUGCUACUGUUGGCUCAUGAUUGGCAGUGUGAUGACAUCAUUGAACAUCAUCACAAAGAUCCAGAGAAAUUACUAAUUGAUUCCAAGAUAAAAAGCUCCAAGCAAUCACAGGAAGUUAUUGUGGGAAAUAGUCAAAUGUGUAAAGUGUGUGCCAGUGAACAGUCGCGUGAGAACUUCCACGCAUUGAACUGUGGUCAUAUGUUUUGUCAGUCAUGUUGGGAUAUGCAUUUCCAAGUUCAGAUUAAAGAAGGCCUCACAACAGGAAUUGAAUGCAUGGGAAAUGACUGUACAGUGUUGGUUCCAGAAGACUUUCUCUGCAGUAUUUUAAGUGACCCGACAUUUCGUGACAGAUAUUCCAAGCUUUCAUUUAAUGAUCUGGUCAAAAACCACCCUCAGCUGCGGUUUUGUCCAGGAGUGAACUGUCCAAUCAUAGUGAGAGCCAAGGAGCCAUUUGCAAAGAAGGUGGAGUGCUCAGAAUGUCGCUCAACUUUCUGUUUCCGAUGUGGUAUGCAAUACCAUGCACCCACCAAGUGUAAUACAAUCAAAAAGUGGCUGACCAAAUGUGCCGAUGACUCGGAGACUGCCAACUAUAUCAGUGCACACACCAAAGAUUGUCCAAAAUGUCAUGUAUGCAUUGAGAAAAAUGGAGGUUGUAAUCAUAUGCAAUGUUCUAAGUGCAAGUUUGACUUUUGUUGGAUGUGUCUAGGAGACUGGAAGGCACACGGUAGUGAAUAUUACGAAUGUAGCCGGUACAAAGAAAAUCCCAACAUUGCCAAUGAAUCUGUUCUGGUGCAGGCACGAGAAGCCCUCAAGAAAUAUCUCUUCUACUAUGAACGGUGGGAGAAUCAUGCCAAAAGUCUGAAACUUGAAGAGCAGACAUUGUUGAAGAUUAAGUCUCGCAUCCAGGAGAAAGUGAUGAACAAUGAGGGAACCUGGAUUGACUGGCAGUACCUCCUCGACGCAGCAACCCUCCUGAAAAAGUGCCGAUAUACCUUACAGUAUACUUACCCGUAUGCAUAUUACAUGGAGAAAGGUGGAAAAAAGCUGUUGUUUGAGUAUCAACAAGCCCAACUAGAAGCUGAAGUGGAGAAUUUGUCGUGGAAGGUGGAAAGGGCAGAGAUUACAGACAGGGGAGACCUGGAGAAUCAGAUGGAUAUUGCUGAGAAGAGGCGCCUCACCCUGCUGAAGGAUUUCCUCAUUAAAUAACAACCCACCCACACACCACACAGUACUGGCACAACUCGGGUCUUCUCCCUCACAUUGAUGAAGUGGUAUCGGAAAAGUUUCAACUCCUAACUGCGCUCAAUACUCAUCGACUGCUUGUUGUACUAAUCAAUUUCUUUCUAGGAUAUAGUGACAUUUUCGUUUUCCUUUUUUGCCGUUUUGAUUCGUAUGAAGAUCGAUCAUUUUUUGUAGUCGAAAGUUUGUCUCAUCCUGUGUUUUUAUUUUUCAUAUUGCUGUAAUUUUGAAAUGAGCUAUUCGACAUUAAAACAAGGUAGUAUAGAAGGCACAGUCUUUACAGUACAUUAUGGGAUUUUUUGUUAUAAAUUUUUGUGUGUGUGCCUCCAGACUACUGCUCAUUCUCAGGUGGUUCGGUUUACACAACAAAUUAUACCAUAUGUUAUGAUGUCUUCCAUUUGCUUGUAACCUAAGGAUAGUGUUGUGGGUUUUAUUUUAAUGCAGUUUUUCACUUCUUGCCAACUAUUUUCAGCUGAUAACUUUCGUUAACACGUUCUUGUUAAAGUAUGGCAUAAUUUUAAGACUUGUUAACUGAGAUACUGGAAAUAUGUUUUUGAAUUAAAAUGUUUUUGAAAAGGUAACAGUAUAGUGUUUCAAUAUCAUAGGAAUAUACAUUAUCUUUUGUUCCUAAUUUAUUACCUUAAUGAUACUGACACACUUGAAGGUAAUAAUCUCUUUAUCAUACAAGUUUAAGCUUAAUACAUGUUUUUUAUAAACUAUACUGAACCGAAAUUGGCCAUUAGCCAUUACUUGAUAUUUAAAUGCCAUGUAUUUGACGCAGUAUCUUUUUUUUUUUAAUGAAAAUGACAUCAGCAUUUAAAUGAUGAAUAUUUAGCAUGUCCCGACAACAAUAAACUAGUGCAUAAAUGUUUCCAUUUUCAGAACAUUAGACAAAUUUCACUCAAAAAUUGCUAUUGAAAAUGUUCUUGUUUAAAGACUAUCAUCAAUUCGGGCGGGGUGGGGGG